CGUCUGGUGGCGAAGUGAUAAGAGCGGUUGUAAACAGAGAUGAUCCCAUGCUCGAAAAUCCGCACUUUAAAGCGUCAAGUGAGCGGACGAGAGUCACUUGUUGGUGAUCUUUCAGUGGAGACAGUCGCAAAGGAAAGAGGAGUUCAGUGUGCAGAAAUUUCUUCAACACAUUCGCGAUGACUUCGUGCACGCAACUGGAGAACGGUGACAUUAUUGCGGCGAAGAAGGCGAUUCAGCUCACGAAUGGACACACAAAUGGCACAAAUGGCAUCAACGGCACUGAACACAUUGAGUUCACGGACGAGGACUUUGAGAUUAUCGAGGAUGUGGAGGAUCCCUACUGUGUUGCCGACAAUCCGGUGAAGAUUAGCUUUCAGGACAUCACAUCGGCUGCCUUUCUCAUCAAGAGUGGCGUCCAGAACACACCUUGUCUGAGAUCGCAUUUGUCGGAGAUGACUGGAAUGGAUCUGUAUCUCAAGAAGGAAUUCCUCCAGUUCACUGGAAGCUUCAAGGAGCGCGGCGCUCGCUACGCACUCCUGAUGCUGUCUGACCAGCAGAAACGCACCGGCGUUAUCUCUGCGUCCCUGGGCAAUCACGCGCAGGGCCUCAGUUACCAUGCCAAUCGCCUGGGGAUUCCCGUGACGGUCGUUAUGCCGACAGCGGCGCCCAUCAUGAAGAUCCAGAAGUGUCGCAGUUAUGGUGCCAACGUGAUCGUCAAGGGCGACAACAUGUCCGAGGCCAAGAAGAUCGCCAUGACCAUCGCCAAGCGGCGUGGCUUCACUUACGUCAAUGGCUACGAUCAUCCGCACAUAAUGGCCGGCCAGGGCACGAUUGGGUUGGAGAUCAUUGAGCAAGUGGGUCAGCCGGACGCCGUGGUUGUUCCCGUGGGCGGCGGAGGAUUGAUUGCCGGCGUGGCAACAGCCAUCAAGGCGAUUUCCCCCAUGACGAAGAUCAUCGGCGUGGAGUCGGACAAGUGUCCCAGCUUUUCGCGCGCCCUGGAGCACGGCGGCCCCAUCCUGACGCCCAACAUGGCUACUCUAGCUGACGGCUUGGCUGUUCCCACGGUAGGCUACAACGCCUUCGCCACCGCAGUGCCGCUGCUGGACAAAAUGGUUGUGGUGCGCGAAGAGUGGAUCGCCCUGGCCAUACUGCGUCUGGUGGAGCAGGAGAAGUGCGUUGUGGAGGGAGCUGGAGCUGCAGGAUUGGCAGCCAUUUUCUCAGGACAUCUCGAUGAGUACAAAGGCAAAAAGGUUGUUCUUCUCCUGUGCGGCGGCAAUAUCGACACAACAAUCUUUGGACGGUGUCUGGAGCGUGGUUUGGCAGCAGAAGGACGUCUCCUUCGCUUCUGCGUCACCGUGAGUGAUCGUCCGGGAGGAAUUUCUGAGCUGUGUCGCGAACUGGCCGCUCUGGGAGUGUCCAUAAAGGACAUAAUGCACGAGAGAGCCUGGCUAAGGGAUAUCUACAGUGUGGAGGUGAAAGUGGUCUGUGAGACCAGCGAUUGGGCUCACUCUGAGUUGCUGCGGAAAACUCUCACUGAGAAGUACAGUCAUGUGGUGUUUAACGACGUUCCAAUGGCAAUUCCCAAAUGAGGCAGAAAACACAGAGAAAAGCUACUCCCAAGGGAACAAAAUAAUCGCAAAUGAUGUAAAAAGAUGCUAAUGAAAGUAGAAAAUAGAUUUUAUGUUCUUUAGAAGAGUGUUAGAAUUGUUUUUAGACUUUAAGGUGGGAAGAGGACGUUGAAUAUUUGAAUGUUUGAAGUCAGAGCGAAAAAUCGCUGAGUUCAGCGAAUUGCGGCGAGAGAGCGC